UCAUUCACGAAUCGGACUUCGCGAAUCGACACAGCACCGGAAACAGAGGGAAGCGUCUGUUUUGGUGAACGUGACAGUGAGCGGAAAAAUACAUAAUUUUAACAUUUAUUUACCGCUGACUUUUAAGUACUCGCGCUGAAGUUAUGAAGCCAGCAGUGGAUGAAAUGUUUCCCGAGGGAGCUGGUCCGUAUGUGGACCUGGAUGAGGCAGGGGGCAGCACUGGACUUCUGAUGGAUCUGGCCGCCAAUGAGAAGGCCGUACAUUCAGACUUUUUCAACGAUUUUGAAGACCUGUUUGAUGAUGAUGAUAUUCAGUGAUGAAGAGGACAGAUGGGAUUUCUCCAUUGUAUAAAAUGUUGUACAUUUAAGUGUUUUUCUUUAUUCACUUUCAACUCUCAGUUGAAUAAUAAACUUUUGUGCAAUACAAA